AUGACCGAAGUGCGGGAUUCUGUCGAAGAACACGUCUCUAGAGACGAGGAAGACGUGGACAAGCAAGGGCUACGGGCCACAGAACGCGAUCUGGAGCAAGCCAACUCCAAGGCUGCCUUUAACUCGAAGAAAGCACUGUGGGGAUUCUUGGUGCUAUGCUACUCGACUGGCCCAACAUCUUCCAUGGUUUCGAAUUAUGUGACUGCGGCCAUCCUCUCGGCAGCCAAUCUCUUGGGCCACCAGGCCGGAUCUAACAAGCCAUGCUCACGCCGUGGAACAAACAUCAGUUGUCUAGUGAAAUUCGGUGGAGGGGAGAUUGACUAUAACAGCUAUACAUUGUACCUUCGAGCAAGCAGUCGCUCCAUGGAAGGCAUAGUAUCGAUUCUCACGGCCGGCUUAGCAGACUAUGCCGAUUACCGCAAGGCGAUGAUGAUGGCCUCGAUAUUUCUGUUUGGGGCAUUGGCUUUGCCUUUUGCAGGACUCGCCGGUCAGACUUAUAGCCAUCUGACCGCCCUGUCUGUGCUAUAUUGCUUCUUAACGACGAUCGGAGGCGUUUAUACUGUGAUCGAGUGGUCAUACAUCCCGAUCUUUAUGAGAUCGACGGGCUGGUUCCGUGACUCCCUUGUAGCGGGAGGCCAGGAGGAGAGAGCGACGUGGAACAAAGGAGGCUCUAUUAGUGUUCUAGCUUUGGUUUCGGGCAAUGUCGGUGGCUUGACUGCCCUGAUCAUCGGUGUCAUUCUUGUGUAUGGGCGGGGAUCUUAUGUGCAGGUUGGGUACUUCAACUACCUUCUAGCCAUUACAAUUGCAGGCUGCAUCACAAUCCUGUUUGCCUUCCUUGGCCAGUGCCUUCUCCCAUCAGUGCCCGGCAAAGAGCUUGACCGCACGAAAAACAAAUUCCCAUUGCUGAUCGCCUUCAAAAACUGGCUGAAACUGCUGAGGAUCCUCAUCGGCGCGCUCUUCCUCCAGGUCACUGGAUUUUCCCGCAGUUCCGGGGUCUACUCAGUCUGGUCCUUUACCAGCGUGAUCUUUGCCUGCACAGGCAGCUUGAGCCUCAUGUAUCUCCACGAGCGACUUCGGCUCCCCGUGAAAUCAUACGCAUAUGCCUUCCUCGUGGUAAAUAUUCUUUGUGUGCUGUGGGGCUGCAUCGGAAUCAGCAACCAUGUUACAAUUGGUUAUAAGCACCAGGUCGAGUUCUGGAUUGAGCAGGUCCUGUUCAUGUCGACCAGUAGUGCGCUUCGGGCGUAUAACCGUGCAAUCUACUCUUCCAUGAUUCCGGAGAACUCGGAAGCGCAGUUUUUCGGUCUGGGGAUCACCUUGGAUCUCGCGACUGGGUGGGUCAAUCCCCUGGAAAUGGGUAUUAUCCAGGAUCGGACGCAUAAUUUGCGCUUUCCGAUGAUUCCAAACUUGUUGCUGAUGCUUGUUGGACUUGGUCUUUACUCGCAGGUGGAUAUUUGCAAGGGGAUCGAGCAGGCAAAGGUACCAUUGGUACAGUAG